AUGCCCUUCGCAGCAGGGAAUGAGCAUGAGGCUAUUGCCCCUUCUGGCACUCAGGAUUCAUCGGUCAAACGACAUGCAGCAUGCGACGAGUGCAGGAAACGAAAGCUCAAGUGCUCAGGAGAAUUGACUGGCUGCUCUCGUUGCAUGAAGCAAGACCUGGGCUGCAAUUACUCAAUACAAAAACAGAUGGGCCGCCCGCCCAAGAAGAGAACACGCGCAGACGAUGAUGGCCCUGAUUUGACAUCCCAACCCGAGGCUGCGAUCUGGCCCAGCCCAGAGGACUCGCAACAAUCUUCAAUUGAAGCAAGCCCCGGGGUCACGCAUUUCCCAGAUUCCGAUCAUCUCUGCCCCUCAUUCUUCUGGCCGCCAAGCAUGAACAUGAAAUCGCCACAUUCGCAACCAGAACGAGAUCCGGUAGAUCUACUAUCUGGAUAUGAAGACCACAACCAUUCAUGGCGGCCAGAGCGUUUGAAGCAACAGAACCUGCCAGUGCCUGCAUCAACAAGUCCAUGGCCUGAUUUUUCAACAGUCUCUGAAGCCACGGCCAUACCAGCGGCGUUCCCAAACCCGACAAGUUUCCCUGCCAUGGGCUCCUUGCCGCUCUCACCUUCCAAUUCUAUCUCCUCCGAAUCUACAGCAGCCGGCUGUACCUGCCUCUCUUACCUCUACCUCUGCCUCAGUCACAUGUCCUCAAUAUCUUCCUUCCCCGUCACCUCACACACUAUCUGCUCCCUAUACAUCGCAGCACGAGCGGCACAAGACGUGAUUCGCUGCCAAAUCUGCCCCAAAGUGUUUGCCACAGGCAUACAGAACAUCACAUUCGUGGGAACUCUACUAAGUGUCGUAGCAGACUCUUGGUUGCGUGUCUCGAAAGCAGACGCCGUCGAGCUUGGAAUGAACGCCGCGCCCACGGAUUAUGUGAAUAAGGUCUUACAAAGCUCAGAUCCUACACAAGCCUGGAAGAGCUGGCUACAUCAAGUCGUCCGUCGCGCUGUCAUUGGUGGCCCUAUGGAAUCUGGCGCUGCUGCUGUUUGUUCCGAUCAUCUAGAUCUGCUGUCCAUAAUCAUGGAAAUUGAAAACCGGCAGCGUCGCUGGCAUCAACCCGGACAGCACCCUUUCGAAUCGUCCAAUUCGAUGGCUCCAUCACCCCCGGACCAGCCGCAUACAGAGCACGAGAACGAUGGCAAAGAGGAUUAUCUCUGUGUGCGGAUCGUUGGCAGUGCCAGAGCUGUUAUUGCAAAGUUCAAUUUCGAUGCGUCAGAUUAUCCCGAGGGUGUUGAGCCGCUGACUCCCCACAACAAACCAGCAGUCGGUUAA